AUGACGCUACUUCAAGGUUGCAAGUUGACGUACUUCCCUUUGGCUGGACGUGCGGAGGCGGCUCGAUUGGCUCUGGCAAUUGGUGGCAUUCCAUUCGACGACGAUCGCAUUGAGUUUAAAACUGGAUUGUAUCCCAGUGAUCCUUUGAAAGCGGCGUUGAUCGAUUCCCUGAUGGAUGCCUGUGAAGAUAUGAAUCCCAAGCUCAAUUCUCAGGGACAGGGGCUCCCGCAAGAAGAGAAGGAAGCUGCUCGUGCCAAAUCUAUGGCCAAGGGCGGUGUCGUUUAUGGCAUGUUGGAGGCAGUGGACAAGUUCAUUGCUGCCAACGGCAAGAACGGGCAUGCAGUGGGAGAUUCUCUGACGGUAGCCGACUUGUUCGUCUUUGCAGGCUGCUGUGCUUUGACGUCUGGCAUUUUCGAUGGCGUGCCAUUGGAUGCAAUUGACUCAGGCCUCGACAACAUUAUGGCUGUGCGUAAGAAAGUUCGAAGUCUUGAAGCUGUCGCAAAGUGGUACGACGAAUUAGCUGCCAAGGAUGUCACAAUGCCCGCUUCCUACGGACCCUUCAACUAG